AUGAAAGAAUCUGAAAAAGGAUAUAAAUCCAUUGAGGAAGCUCUGGAACAAGAACCAGAUGUUAAGUUUGUACGCACUGACAUUGCCAGAUUUUAUAGGAGAGAGGGAAGAGUUGAUGACGCUAUUGAGCAAAUGAAAAAAGCUAUUGAACUAAAACCAAAGUCUUGUAAUGCUCACUACCAGAUAGGCCUUUGCUACCGAAAUAAGGCAAAUCCACUAUUUAAUCAAAGAAAUACACAGAACGAGGAGAUUAUCCAGAAAGCUCUAGAUCAUUUUGAACAGGCAACUGAAUUGAAGAAAUCAUUUGUGGUUGCAUAUAUUCACGUAGCAGAGAUGUAUGUCUGGUGCAAACAAUUUGAAAAAGCCAAAGAAGUCUUCCAUGAAGUGUUAAACAUGAAAAAUCUCACAGAGGAAGACAAACAGGAAAUUCAUUUCACGUAUGGACUUUGUGAGGAACAAUACAUGAAAAAUCAGGAUGAAGCCAUUAGGCAUUACAAAGAGGUAACAAAAAUUCAAAAACAAACAUACAUAAGAGAGAAAGCCUUGAAAAAAAUAGAAUACCUGGAAAAGAGAAGAUGUCAAGAAUACUGA